AUGGCAGAGUCUCCCGGCUCCCCCCUCUCGUCCAUCGCGUCCGACGAGCUGGCUGAGGACAUCAAACUGGACAAAGAUGGUCAGUCUCCGUCAGCCUCGAGUAUGCCACCGUCGAAAAGGCGCCGUACUGGUAUCGCGUCAUGGGACCACCACACUCCCAUCUCAUCUGUACACGGUGAUAACGUUCCAACCUCACCAUCGAGUCCUAUUUCCUCGGAUACAGACGGCGAAAUCCCAAACUCACCCUCCCUUCUCGCAUUAAUUGGCGGCGGCCAGGAUGAUGAUUACAGUGGACAAGGUGGCGAACAAGUCUCGAUUUGUCGCUGGGAUGGCUGUGAGGCUGGCGAUCUGGGCAAUAUGGACGAAUUGGUCAAUCACAUCCACGAAGAUCAUAUUGGUUCCCGACAAAAGAAAUACUCCUGUGAAUGGGUUGACUGCAGUCGCAAAGGACAGACCCAUGCUAGUGGUUAUGCGCUGCGCGCACAUAUGCGGAGCCAUACGAGAGAAAAGCCAUUUUAUUGUGCACUGCCAGAAUGCGAUCGGAGCUUUACUCGCUCCGAUGCUCUUGCGAAACAUAUGCGAACCGUACACGAAACUGAAGCUCUUCGGCCGUCAGAUCCUGUACCCAAAAACAGUCAAUGGGGUGGCGUUGCUACUCCAGCCAACAAGGUACCACGAAUCAAGUUGAAACUCAACCUCGGCCACAAGGACGAUUCGGAACAUAUUACAAAUGGAGAUAAUGCCAGCCACAUUGACGCAGAAGAAGCUGAGCUGAUCCCAGUGCCAGAGUUUACCCCUGACCUAGGAUUCGAUGGAAGUGAACUCGCCUUACCCCCGAGUCAAUUAUACAGACUGCUUCGUCGCCAGAUGCAUUGGGCGGAGAUUGAGACCAACAAGCUCAAAGAGCAGUGGCGUGUUUGGGAACCCAAACGAAGACAAGCCUGGAAUGAGAAGGAAGCUGCUUUCAAACUUAUCAUGCAAACGGAAAAUCGUUUGUACGAAGCUUUCAGCAUACGACGUGAAGAUCCUGAGAACGACCGUAUUGGAAAUGAGGUGGACGAAGCUGCUUCUACCUGA